GUAUAAAACCAAGUGACAUGGGCAGAGGGAAUCACACACCUCCCUGUGCUCUCUUGUUUCAUUCGAAACUUUACAAACCCAAACAAAAUGUUCAAACUGUUCAUCUUCGCCUGCUUCCUCGCUCUAGCCGCGGCCGAGCCCAAGCCCGGCGUCUUCGUCGGAGGCUACGCAGCGCCCAUAGCCGCCGCGUACACCGCGCCGGUGGCUGCUGCGUACACCGCGCCCGUCGCCUACUCUGCCUACAGCGCGCCUUUGGCUGCCUACUCCGCCUACAGCUACGCGUCUCCUUACUCUUACUUCCUGCGCCGUUAACUCUAAGUGCCAUAACUAAGGAAUCACCACCUAUGCAAAGAACAACCUUCAUUAUAAAACUCUUCUCUUAGUCCCUACUGUUGCCUUAACUACGUGGCGCAGUCUUCCAAUGUCCAAUAUUGUUAAUCUAUUCUAUACAGCAAAUUUGCCGUUGACAGUAAAUUGUCUAACACCAAAUUUUCUACGAUUAUAGCUCUUCAAGUGAUAAUAUUGCCUUUAAGUCUUCGAUGCGGGAAUUUUCCAUAUUUGUGUACUUUCGAACUGGUUUUGUUGCCGUUUAUUUAAUAAUUGUUUCUUAAUGCCAGAAGAUCAAUUAUUAUUGUAAAGUUUUAGUUAUGUCUCUACCGACUGUACUUUUUAUUGUUGCUAAUUUAUUCAGUUUGACCUGUUUUAGUCAACGCAUACGAACGGAAUGUGUUGAAAUAAACUAUGAAUCUUA